AUUAAAUUGUUAAUUGUUAAAAAACUGUAAUCUGCCUGUUUAAUCCAAAAUGUUAAUUUACUUAUUUUGACUAAGGAAUCACUCAUGACCGUUAGAAACCACAUUCUCUCUCUUUAGUGUACACGUGGCCUAAAUUGCUAAACUCUGUUGUACAGUGUGAAGUCUCAACCUCCUGCUGUCGUUCCUUCACUUCCUGCUCUGCCAGGAAAGCGUGCUAAAGCUCAAUCACUUCCUGUCAUAUCUGGCUGUGUGCUGCAGGCCUGUGCAGUGUUUCCCACAGGUUUUUGAAAGACUUAUGGCGCUCAUGAUGUCACACCCUAAUUAGCAUAUCUGUGACAUGUCGUGUUUGCGUUUGUUGUAGUGUUGGCACUUGAAAUCUGCUUCGCUUCUACUCUCUGCUCUUGACACAAUAAACUGUAUUUUAAUACAAAUGAAUGCUAUUCUCACAUAUAAUCUGUUCUGUUGUCAGUAGACAUACGUAUGCCCGGUUAACCGAAAAUAUAUAUCACGUGAUUUAUGCACAACUUGUGAGUGAAGUACGGUAAAAUGCUGCUGCAUCCGAAAGCCAGAGGGCGCUCUCGUGCAGAAACUCCAAAUACGCACUGCAGAAGAAGACCAUAACACACGUAGUAGUAGGAAAUGCCUAAGGACAUGUUUUUAUCACUGAUCCUCAAGCCUCCUUAGGUAUUUUUAUGAUAAUAAAGUAUAUUUAUAAUGAUCAUGUUUGACGGGUGUUGCUUUUUCAAAUGCACAUUAUAAGCGACUCAAACUCGCACUGCUUUUAGAUCGAGCAGCAUUUCUACUGAUCUCCGAGCCGUGCUUCACGGACAAGCUACGCAUCAAUAAAAUAAACGAUACCUUGCAUUAUCGCAGCCAGCUCGGUUUCAGCAGGAUUUGGUGGUAACCGCGGUUAACCGGGCACAUGUUUGGUUGUCAGACAUGAAACAAAUAUAAAAUAGUGACUAAACACGAGUCACAACCCAAUAACACCUCGUAUUUAAUACAACCAGCUGUCACUUUUAACUGCUGCUGAAAUCCUGAUUUAUCGUCUGACAAAAUCACCAUACAUCUACAUUAAAGAGGGGCUAUAUGCUGUGAUUUUGGCUAUAUUACUUAUUUGCCUCAUGCUGUUGUUGCUGCUCCUCUCAUCAAUGUGUUGCUGUAUUAUGAGCGCUUCUUUGAUUUUAAAUGCGAGUGAUCGUUUAUUGUAGAUUGUGUAUAGUGCAGUCAAUUUGGAGCAAAUUCAGAAAUAUGGGAAAAUACACUGUUACAUGGAGUUACAACUACACACCGCACCAAACUCACUGGUAGAGGGUAAGAGCUCGCACACAGACACACUGAGCACAGAGAAAGGGUUUGUGGGAGAUUUGUGGGAAACACUGCUAACUAGUGUUGUCAAAAGUACCGGUACUUCGGGUCCAAGUCGGUACCUAAAAAUAAAAAAGUUGUCGGUACCUAAUUUUCAUUAGACCCGGUAGUACCGACGUACCGGGUCAACCGGGUACUGAUGCUCUGUCUGACAGGUUGUCAGUCGGAAACUUUUCAUAGACGCAAUAAGACGUGAUGAGCGGAUAAGCGCGCCUCCGAUCCACAAGAGAUGCGCGCAGAAAUACUUCAGAUUAAAGUCAUAUCACGAAGAAAAUGAACAGAGUUUUGUGGUGAAAGGAAGAAACAUCCGGAUUUAAGUUAACAAGUUCAAGCGCAGCAGACUGAGGAGGAUGUUCAUCAGCAUGAAAGACCCCAAGGCUAUGUCUUCAGCAGCCACCACACCCCCGUCGGUGGACAAAGUGGACGGCUUCUCCAGGAAGUCUGUCAGGAAAGCCAGGCAGAAGCGAGCGCAGAGCUCGUCUCAGUUCAGAUCUCAGGACAAGCCCAUCGAGCUGGUGCAGCUGCCACUGCUCAAAGAUGUUUCGGCUCAGGAGCAACCAGAGUUGUUCCUCAAGAAAGUGCAGCAGUGCUGUACUCUGUUUGACUUCAUGGACACGCUGUCUGAUCUGAAAAUGAAAGAGUAUAAACGUUCAACUCUUAAUGAGCUGGUGGACUAUGUUACUGUUAGCCGGGGCUACCUGACUGAACAGACUUACCCUGAGGUUGUCAAAAUGGUGUCCUACAAUAUUUUUCGGACACUUCCACCUAGUGACAGUAAUGAGUUUGACCCAGAGGAGGAUGAGCCCACGCUGGAGGCCUCGUGGCCACAUUUACAGCUUGUCUACGAGUUCUUCAUUCGCUUCUUGGAGAGUCAGGAAUUUCAGCCCAGCAUUGCCAAAAAAUACAUUGACCAGAAAUUCGUAUUACAGCUGUUGGAGUUGUUUGAUAGCGAGGACCCUCGAGAGAGGGACUGCCUGAAGACUGUCCUGCACAGAAUCUACGGCAAGUUCCUCGGCCUCCGAGCCUUCAUCCGCAAACAGAUCAACAACAUCUUUCUUUGUUUUGUUUACGAGACGGAGCACUUCAAUGGAGUAGCUGAACUGCUGGAGAUUUUGGGAAGCAUCAUCAAUGGUUUCGCUCUCCCGCUCAAAGCCGAACACAAACAGUUCUUGGUGAAAGUGUUGCUGCCUCUCCACACAGUGAGGAGCUUGUCUCUUUUUCAUGCCCAGCUGGCGUAUUGUAUUGUACAGUUCUUAGAGAAAGAUCCCACGUUAACAGAGCCUGUCAUCAGAGGUUUGUUGAAGUUCUGGCCAAAAACCUGCAGUCAAAAAGAGGUCAUGUUUCUUGGGGAGCUGGAGGAGAUUCUAGAUGUGAUCGAGCCCACUCAGUUUGUUAAGAUCCAGGAGCCGCUCUUCAAACUGAUUGCUAGAUGCGUGUCCAGCCCUCAUUUUCAGGUGGCAGAGCGAGCUCUGUACUACUGGAACAAUGAGUACAUCAUGAGUCUGAUUGAGGAGAACUCCAGCGUCAUCCUGCCCAUCAUGUUCGCCAGCCUGUACAGGAUCUCCAAAGAGCACUGGAACCCGGCAAUAUCAGCUUUGAUCUACAACGUGCUCAAAGCAUUCAUGGAGAUGAACAGCGCUUUGUUUGAUGAGCUUGCAGCCAGUUAUAAAUCCGACAGGCAAAGGGAACGAAAGAAGGAUAAGGAACGAGAGGAUCUUUGGAGGAAGCUGGAGGAGCUGGAGCUCAGACGAGGCAUCCAGAACAGCGAUGGCGUCAUUCCCACCUACUAACCCGGACCUUGCUCUGUCCCCUACGUGGCCCCAACCAAUCCCUUCUUACUCUGCCACAGGGACCCCGCCCCCUCUUUGCUUCUCACGCUACGUACUUUACUGCACACUCCCUUGUUCAUUUCCUCCCUUUCAACAGCACUGUAAAUAACCCUCUCCCUCUUUCCUGUAUCAUGCUACUACACUGAAAGGAAGAAAAAAAUCGAUUCUAUGUACCUACGGGGAAGAAAGACUUCAUGCACUCCUUGUUGUAUAAAGAUAUGGUAAAAUGAUAAUCAACUUUGGUCAAAGGAUAUAUUUUAAAAACACGUCUCCAUGUCGAUGUCGAUUGAUGCCCGUGAUCUCCAAGGAAGUGCCCUGGCUCCCCUCAUCGAGAUGCUUGGGAGACGCUUCGCUUCUGAGAUAAAACAUGUCUUAUGACGGCCUCACCUACAUGUGUUUUUGCCCUGUAAAGAGAGACAAUUGACUCGGGAGAUACAAACUCCCUCAUACUCAAACGAAGACCGGAGUGAAAAUAAACGUCCUCUCUGUGGUGUGUACUUUCAUUUUGUUUUUGACAGGAUGAUGCCCAGAUCUUUACUGUACAUUACGGACAGGUGGUUGAGUGUAAUCGGCACCGCCGACCGGGAAUCUCAACGUACGCCACAGUGGUUAUCUGCGCUCUAUUCAGAGGACAAACCUCUCCGAGGACCUUUAUUUUUUUAACUUGUAAUAGAUUUAUGCUGUCGAAACCUCUUGGAAAUUCCAACGUGGAUAUUCAGUAGUUCACCAAGAGUGGCAACGCAACUGUCAGUAUGUCUUCAGAAAGGCGCCGUUUCUCAGACACUAGUAAGAACCGGUGGGAUUUCGGUGGCGUGUUGUGUUCAGAACUCAUCCAGUGUUUUUACACCAGUUAAGUGACAUAUAUUUUUCAUAAAGUACAUUUCUGGACUGCUUAUGAUGGGCCACCCAGAUUUCCACCGAUCAGCUGUUAGAUAUGAUUGCAGGAUAGUCGUCCACGAGUGAGUUGAGAGAAGGGUUUUCUUUAUUUUUCUAUUGGAGUGUCGAAAAUGAAAUCCUGGUUACGUUGGGGUUUGUUGGUAAAAGCUGAUCCACUAGGUUGUAAUCUCUCUUCUGAAACACCAGCUGCCAGUGCAGGCUAGAGCUAAAAAAGCACUUCAAGUUAGCUAUCUAGUUGUUCUCGUGGGACUUCACCCCCUUUCCUCUCUUUUAUUUGAAGUCCUGAUAAUCGUGGUUGUGGAUUUUACAAUGUGAGGAGGCUGUAUUUUAUUAUAUUUUUAUUUUCAGCUUAAUCAUGUGUUUCUUUCUCUCUUCCUUGUUUUAAUUCUCCCAAGCUCAUUGUGUGUUUAUGAUGGCCCAAGUUUGAUAUGUAAAAAUCAAAAGAAAGGGUUUGAUGAAUAGAAUAAAUCUAAUUAUUUUAAAAAAGAUGAGAUAUUAAAUAAACCUGUUUUUGUGAUA